UCACUCACUCACUCACCGUAAACAAUAUAUCAUAUUCUUUCACUUCCAACACUCUCGCUUCAUUUUUGAACCCUAGCUUCAUGGAUUCUUCUUCUUCUCAUCUUCCACCUUCAAUUCCCCUUCAACCUCAACCUCAACCUCAACCUCAACCCCAACCUCAACCUCCUUAUCACUCGAUGUACAAAAAUCGUUUGCAAGAGUUUGCGCAGAAGGCAAGCAUAGGAGUUCCUGUGUAUCAAACUGUUUUUGUGGAGGGGCAGCCACAUGCUCCCAAGUUUCAUUCAACCGUGUGGGUGGGAGGAAUGAGUUUUACUAGCUCGUUCACAUUUCCCAGCAGAAAAGCUGCAGAACAGGAAGCAGCUAAGGUUGCUUUGGAUACUCUCCUUCAAAGGACCAGAGAUGAAUUGCCAUCCCUUGUCAAUGAGAUUUCUCCAUUUUGCAAGUCUAUCAUUAAUGAAUAUGCUGCUAAACUGCAUGUAGAAAGACCUACAUACAACACUGUUCAGCAACAGCUAGGAGGAGUGCUUCCUGUUUUUACGACUUCCUUAGUUUUCAAUGGUACUAGUUACACUGGCGAUGCUGCUAGAACCAAAAAGGAAGCAGAGCAGUCAGCAGCGCAUGCUGCUAUUCUAACAAUUAUGGGUGAUCCUAGCUCAGGAACUAAGCUCAUUGAGAUGAUUAAGUCAAAGUCUAUAUUUUAUGAUGCACUCAAAGGAAAGAGCCUACCUCUGUUACAGGCCAAUGCAGAGUUACCCACAGCAAAUGCAGGACAAUUGGCUGUUACAUUGGAUCAUAAAGAUACAGGAGUUACAGACUGUGUGUCUGAUAAUAAUGAAGCUAAAGUUGAAUUUCCCGAGUCUUCUAAGAUGCUUUCCACCUUUGAAGGAUUUCAAAUGCCAAAACAAGAUAUCCCCCCUGAAGCCACCAAUGUAGCUCUGCAACCGGGUUCAACAAAUUCUAUUGAUGAUGGUUCUAGUUCGAAAAAGCGGAGAAAGAACAAGAAGAAGGCUAAUAAGAAGGCACGGCUGGAAUCUCUGUUACCGGUUACUGCAGUUCCCAUGAACCAAGUCCCUCCUUGUUCGAUGGUUCAGUUACCGGUUACUGCAGUUUCCAUGAACCAAGUCCCUCCUUGUUCGGUGGCACAGUAAGAAAUUCCCAAUCACUACAGCUCCUAUGAACCAAGCCCCUUCUUAUUCGGUGGCACAGUAAAAAUGUGGAUGUGUGAUGAAUUUUUUUGUAGAUGUCGCAAAUCUUGUUGCAAAUGUGCUUCCAUGGAGAAAAAAACCAAAGUUCCUGGUUAACAUUUAGAACUUUGUUAAAAUCCUUGUUCAGUUGUAUUUUAUUUAUUAAGUCCAUGCCUUAACAUGUUUUGGGCUUCGAACUUCUGUGGCACACAAAAAAUGUGGAAGUGUGAUGAAGCAUUUGUAAAUGUCACAAACUGUAAAGAUGAAAAGUUAGUGGAUAAGAAACGGAAUUUCCUUGUUAAAAUUUUUUUCAGUGGUUGCUUGCUUGUAUUAAGCCAUGCCUUGCAUUA